AUGUACGUUCAACUACCAUUUGACGAAUUAAAAGUCGACCCCAACCAAAAGAAACGGAUCGCUUAUUUCUACGAUGCCGAUAUUGGGAACUAUGCCUAUGGUGCUGGUCAUCCAAUGAAACCCCAUCGUAUAAGAAUGGCUCAUUCAUUAAUCAUGAAUUAUGGACUUUAUAAAAAAAUGGAAAUCUAUCGAGCCAAACCUGCAACCAAACAAGAAAUGUGUCAAUUUCAUACUGAUGAAUAUAUUGAUUUCAUAUCUCGUGUUUCUCCUGAUAAUUUGGAUUUAUUUGCUAAAGAACAAAUUAAAUUCAAUGUCGGGGAUGAUUGUCCGGUUUUUGAUGGAUUGUUUGAAUAUUGUGGUAUUAGUGGUGGUGGAUCUAUGGAAGGGGCUGCAAGAUUAAAUAGAGGGAAAUGUGACAUUGCCAUAAAUUAUGCUGGUGGUUUACAUCAUGCUAAAAAAUCAGAAGCCAGUGGGUUUUGUUAUUUGAAUGAUAUUGUAUUGGGUAUAAUUGAAUUAUUGAGAUAUCAUCCGAGAGUCUUAUAUAUUGAUAUUGAUGUUCAUCAUGGUGAUGGAGUUGAAGAAGCGUUUUAUACUACUGAUAGAGUUAUGACUUGUUCAUUUCAUAAAUAUGGGGAAUUUUUCCCCGGGACAGGAGAAUUAAGAGAUAUUGGAGUAGGCAAGGGGAAAUAUCAUAGUGUCAAUGUUCCCUUGAGAGAUGGGAUUGAUGAUGCUACUUAUAAAUCGAUUUUUGAACCUUUGAUUUCUAAAAUUGUUGAAUGGUACCAACCAUCUGCUAUUGUAUUACAAUGUGGUGGUGAUUCACUUUCGGGAGAUAGAUUAGGUUGUUUUAAUUUAUCUAUGUCUGGCCAUGCUAAUUGUAUUAAUUUUGUUAAAUCUUUUAAUAUCCCUUUGAUGGUUGUAGGUGGUGGUGGAUAUACUAUGAGAAAUGUUGCUCGUACUUGGGCAUUUGAAUCAGGAUUAUUAAACAAUGUUAUUUUACCUACUGAAUUGCCAUAUAAUGAAUAUUAUGAAUAUUAUGCACCUGAUUAUAAAUUAGAUGUCAGACCAUCCAAUAUGUAUAAUAGUAAUUCUCCGGAAUUCUUAGAUAAAAUCUUAACCAAUAUUAUUUCCAAUUUAGAAAAUACAAAACAUGCCCCAUCAGUACAAAUGAACGUUGUGCCUAAUGAUGCUGAAGAUUUGGGUGAUAUUGAAGAGGAUACAGCUGAAGCAAUGGAUACUAAAGGUGGAUCUGAAAUUGCAAGAGAUCUGGCAAUACAACCAGAUAAUGAGUUUUAUGAAGAGGAUUUCAAGGAUAAAGAAGAUAGGAUGAUUAUUGAUCUGAAAGAUGUCACUGAACACAAAUCUGCCCCUGCUACAACCGCCACUACUCCAAAGGAGGAAGAAUCUAGUACUACCAAGUUAACUGAUGAAGAAUUGAAGGAAAUCAGAGAGAUGAAUGAAAGUAUUUAG